CGCGCGCACGAAGUCCAACGGGCGCAGAGGGACGACGGCGGCUCCGCUGGGGUGGAAGUCUACGAAGGCGGGGCGACGCUCAAUGAAAGAGGGCGAAGGCGAAAGGAAAAGGGCAACAACCAAAAGGAAAAAGCUCUGUCUCAGCUGAGGGCAAAAGGUGAAACAACUGGUUCGGCGUGACUCCGUGACUUCUGAAGUGGACUUGGUCGCGCGGUGAACGCACCGGAUCCGGUGGCAGCCUCGAGCCCAAAAACAAGAGAGAGAGAGAGACGCAAAAGAAAUGGAGAAUGGGAAGAACCGCCUGCAGCAGGCCCAGGAGGACGUGGAGGAGGUCAAGGUCAUCAUGAUGGACAACUUGAACAAGGCUGAUGAUAGAAAUGGCAAACUGGGCGAACUGGAGGACAGAGCUGAUGUGCUGUUGGAAAAGAGUAAAGCCUUUGAAAAGACCUCCGUCAAGGUGAAGCAAAAGAAAAGAUGGGAGAACAAGAAGAUGAAAGUGGUGUUUAUCGGCGUCGCCGUGGUGGUGGCAAUCAUCGUUAUCGGAUUAAUAAUCUACGCCAUUGUACCAAGUUAAACACAUUUUUGUGGAGUGGACAAAAAAAAGAAGACGAUUGCAAACUUUGGGACUCCAGCAUCUCGCCUCAACUGCUCGACCUGUGUUAUUUCUGUUUUUAAAGAUAUUUAUGGAAGUUUCGUUCGCACUCUUUUUUUGUCUUCAGUUAAAAUGGUACCAAUAAUUGCUCAGCUACUUGGCUGCUUUUUUCAUUACCUUCUCAGGGGUCAUGUCCCUGUAGGGCCCACAGGGGGAGAACACAUAUAUCCUUGAAAAUAUAUAUAUUAUUUAGACGAUCUCCUCCACCCCAUAAAGUGCAAAAUAGUUUUAGCCAAACAUGAUCAGGCUGCUACUUUUAUAAUUGUAUGUUUGUACACAAUUGUUCCGGUUUCAGAGCAUAACUCAGAAGAAGAGAAAAGUGUCGUCAGGGUUGCUGGACUCCGUCAAUAAUUAGUCCGUUUAAGGAGACGGAGGAGGAACAGUUUCUAAACUCUAGAAACUAUAUAUAACGAUAUAUGCUGCUUCUGAUGUUUUGUCACAGAAAUUUCCAUCAGUCAAAAAUUAAAAGUUUUCUUAAUCAUUAAAAUGUUUUAUUAUAUAAGAGCUGUUAGAUUUGUUGGAAAAAAAAACAAAAACAUAUUGAAGAUAUUGAAGUUUAACGUUUGACAUUUUUUCUAAAAAUUAGUUUGACUUGUGUAAGAAAGUUAUGGCCUUAACUUCAGUUUUGUUUUUUGUCAAAUGACGAGUGUUUGACACAAACUAAUAACCAAACCUCUAACAUGGUUGUUUAGUAGGGAAGAUUAUCAAAAUGAAAAGUGACCUCUACUGGCCAAAAGCUUUACUAAAUUUGCAAGACGGAGAGGAAAACAAUUCCAGCUAUAAGGGAUAUGGCAUCAUGAGUUUAAACAGUUGCUUUGUAUGUUACCGUUUAACCAGACGUGACAUUUAACAGGUCCUCCUCAUACCAGCGUUAUAAACGAGAUAGUUGGCCGAAAUUACAAAAAAAACAAUUUCUUCUUACUCGGUCUGGUGGUGACUACGUACAUAAUUCUGGAUCUUUGUUUAAUGUUUGGAGAUAACUGUCUCAGUGUUUGUGGCACUUGUGGCAUUAAAAAUUGAGAAAAGCAA